GUCACAUGGGCGCUUCCUGGACGCGCAGGGGGUCAGCCCCUGGGAGAGGCUGCGGAGCCCGGAGUUGUGGCAGCGAUGGCUAAGUCCAGCCUGGGGCCGGAUUCCGACAGCACCGCCGCGGUGGCGGUGCUAAAGCGGGCCGUGGAGCUGGAUGCAGAGUCCCGGUACCAGCAGGCUCUGGUGUGUUACCAGGAGGGGAUUGACAUGCUCCUGCAGGUUCUGAAAGGCACCAAAGAUUCCACUAAAAGAUGUACUCUCAGAACAAAAAUCUCUGGCUACAUGGAUAGAGCAGAAAAUAUAAAGAAAUACUUAGAUCAAGAAAAAGAAGAUGGAAAGUACCACAAGCAAAUUAAAAUCGAAGAGAAUGCAACUGGUUUCAGUUACGAGUCCCUUUUUAAAGAAUAUCUACAUGAGACAGUUACGGAGGUUUGGAUAGAAGACCCGUACAUCAGACAAACUCAUCAGCUCUAUAACUUCCUCCGUUUUUGUGAGAUGCUCAUUAAGAAGCCGUGUAAAGUAAGAACUAUUCACCUCCUCACCUCCGGGGAUGAAGGUUUUGGGAACACACAGCAAAGUAUUGGCCUAGAAGAAAUAAAACAGUCCCUCAGAAGUCAUGGAGUGCUGUUGGAAGUGAGCUAUUCUUCGUCAAUACAUGACCGAGAAAUUAGGUUCAACAAUGGAUGGAUGAUUAAAAUUGGAAGGGGACUUGAUUAUUUUAAGAAACCACAGGGUCGUUUUUCUCUUGGAUAUUGUGAUUUAGACCUGAGGCCGUGUCAUGAAACAACAGUGGACAUUUUCCAUAACAAGCACACAAAAAAAAUAUGACGUGUAAUAACCUAAGUGAACAUUUCUGCUUUAGGUGAUCUCAGCCCGUUUUCGUUGCUAUAACUGAAUACCACACACUGGAUAAUGUAUAAAGAACAGAGGUUUAGGCCUUGGCAUUGGGGAGGAGCCUCCUUCGGCAUUCCACAUGGCAACAAAAUGGAGCAGGCUUCUAUAACAAAGCCUGUGAGGCAGAACCAGCCGCCUCAGAGGUCUCCCCUCUCGGCAGGGAUGUACUAGGGACCAAGGUUCUCACUCGUGAACUGUUUGGGGAUACAUUCAAACCACAGCAAGAAAGCACUGGGUUUGUUCCUUCUUUUUAUUUACUUCGAGCGUAUUUUUAUAAUGUAUGAAUUUAACAAUAAAUGUUUACAUUUCUAUGA